CGACUACCGUACCACCACACACCUCGACAACAACGAUGGCGUCGCAGCAACGAGACACUUCGCCCUCAGGCUCCUCUUCCUCUUCCGGCUCAUCAGCCAGUGGAUCCGCCUCCCCACCUCCUCCAUCCGCGACGCCCUCCUCCUCCCGCCCCCGCAAAUCCCAGUCCUCUGCAACGCACGAAUACGAACCGCCUGAGGGAUACUCACUUUCCGAUCUGUCGGGCAGCGCAUUGCAGCACGAUGCUCUCGCAAACGGUGACAAGCAGGUGUGGCUCUUCAAGCUCCCCGAAGGAGUGAACGCGGCGGAUCUAGAUGGGCUGAAGCUCAAUGUUGGAAAGAAGACGAGGGCGGCUUCGCUGCGAAACAAGGAGGAUGCGUACCGAUUGGUAGAGGCAAAGGGAUCUUCUCCGGCGUCGCAAGAUGCACGCAAUGCUCAGGCGGGGCACUUGGAGGGUAAAGCGAAGCGGGAAGGGAAGAAGAGCCAGCUCGUGGACCAAGAGGAGGACGACGAUGGAGCAGCCGCUUCGUCUAGCACAGUCGCGCCGGGGGCGUACCUCUACCUCCCUACUGGGCCACGCAGCGUCGGGCAAUUGCGACAGAGCAAGAUGCCGAUUGCAAGACGAUUUGAGCUCUUGCUGGACGUGAGCGCACCCGCUGCCAGCACGGCUGAUGAGCAGGAAACGUCCUCUUCCAAGAAGACGAAGACGAACGGCGCCCAAACCCCUGCGGAAGCCCGCAUGGCCAGCAUUGAAAAGCAUCGUCGCCUCAAAGGCUACUUUGCGCCCGUUGGGGCAAUGUACGAUGUUGCCGCCGCAGAAGCCGGGCCGCAAGCCGCAAGCGCAACGACGACAGCCACUUCGACGCCUGCCAAGAAGGACAAGAAGCGCAAGAAGGGCGAGGUAGAGGCCGCCGAGAAGGAGGCAGCGGCGGCUGGAGUGGCACCAGCAGCUUCGCCGUCUCCGCGAAAGGACAAGAAGGUCAAGAAGGAGGAAGCGGGGGACAAGGCGAGCAAGAAGGAAGCAAAGGCAGAGAAGAAGGAGAAGAAGAAGGAAAAGAAGGAAGCAAAGGCGUAGAAGGGCGAGAGCAUUGCAUGCACUGCAGUCUAAUUGCAAUCCAGCUAGGUGACAUCGACAAAUACCGAGCAGCUCUACCUUUACAUCCUUUGAGCGCGUCUAGGCCUGAAACAACUCGCCCAGCUGCUGGAUCGUAUCCUCCGGGCUCGUCACCGUAUGCCCUUUCGUCCUCUGAUCCUCAAAGAUCUCGUAGUCGUUGCCGCCUUUGUACGUCUUGUCGCCGAAGAAGUGAAUCGUUUGGAAACCGUCGUCCUUGAUGUGGUUGAGGGCGUACGUCUUGUCCCAUCCGACAGGGAAGACGUCGAAUGAGAUCUGCCCGCCGAUGCUGUAUGUGAGG